UUCAAUAAAAAUUAAAAUUCAUCCAAACAUGUCCUCCGAACAACCUCACGUCAAAGUACCAUCAUUUUCGACCUAUUCCAAUAGGAUCAUCAUAAAAACCAUCUUAGCCCGGCCCGACCAUGGCGUCGGGCUGAUCGGGCAGCCCGUAAUUGUGGGCGGAUGGGUCAAGUCCUCCCGGGAGUUCCGUAAGGAGCCCCCGGCGGCGGCCCCCGAAAAUCGAGGGGGGCCGAAAGACGUGAGCUGCGUCGAAGUACUUCAAACAAAAUUACCGUUUCUCCGAGCCAUCAUAAAGGCCUUUGGCGGCGAGCAACGGAUACGAGACAAGCUCGACGCUAUCGUCCCGAGGCUGCCGCCACAGCCGUCGAUCUCGAUUUUGAGCAUCAGUGAUGGAUCUUGUCCGGCAAGUUUACAGGUUCUUGUAGACUCUUCCUUAGCUUCUCCGAAUCGGGUAAUGCCGACGGGGACAUGCAUAUUAGUCGAAGGACUAAUGCAAAAGCCGUCGUUGCAAGGAAAAGAGUCCGUCGAGGUUAGAGCUGAUAAGAUUCUUCAUAUCGGCGUUGUCGAUCCGGGAAGGUAUCCUCUGUCCAAAAAACGCUUGCCUCUCGAAUCAUUGCGCGAUUCUUGCCAAUUUCGACCUCGUACCACAACGGUGGCUUCGGUUACGAGGGUGAGAAGCGCCCUAACGCAAGGAACGCACGCAUUCUUCCGAGAAAACGAGUUCUUACACGUGCAAAUGCCCGUUAUUACAACCUCGGACACCGAGGGCUCGGGCAAGAUCUUCCAAGUACUAACUCCUCGACGGACGGAACAAUGUCCAAACAUCGAAACAAUCAAGGCUUCCAUCAAGGACAAAAAUAAGCAAAUCGAAGAACUCAAGCGAAGCGCGAGCAACGACGAGGCUUUAGUCGCGGCCGUUGACGACCUUAAGAAAACGACAGAGCUAUUGUCGAAAAUGGAAAACGAAGAGAAAACGAGGCACGGAAAAUCCCGCGGCGAGACAAGCCGAGCGAGCUCGUCUGAUGAGUUCUUUUCGAAAAAGACGUACCUUACGCCGUCGGGUCGCCUCCAUUUGGAGAGCUAUGCGUCGGCUCUCGGGAACGUUUACACGUUCGGGCCGAGAUUCCGCGCGAAAAGAUCAGAGACGAAGAAGGAGUCAGCAGAGAUGUCGAUCGUCGAGAUCGAAAUGGCUUUCUCGACGAUGGAGGACUCGAUGCGAUGCGCCGAGGACUUCUUGAAGUUCAUAUCCAAAUGGGUACUAGAGAAUUGUACCGAAGAUUUGAAAUUCAUCGCAAAGCGAAUAGAUAAACUUGUCGUUGAACGGCUACAAUUGAUCUUAACGAGUACGUUCGAGAGGAUCGCCUACUCGGAGGCGAUCGAAGUUCUAAAGAAGGUCGCAGGCGAAAAGUUCAAAUUUGAGUCGGGCAUAUCUUUAAAUGAAGAACACGAAAGCUAUUUAGCGGAUGAAGUGUACAAGAAGCCGAUCGUUCUAUACAACCAUCCGAAAGCGCUUGCGCCGUUCUACGCACGGUCGAACGACGAUGGGGAAACGGCUGCAACGUUCGAUGUCAUUUUACCGAAGGUCGGAGCGGUUGUAAGAGGGAGCCAAAAUGAAGAACGGUACGACAUAUUGAACGCAAGGAUGAAGGAAUUCGGAAUGGCGGAGCGGGAAUACGAAUGGUACCUCGAUCUUCGGCGACAUGGGGCCGUUAAAUGUUCGGGUCUCGGGUUCUUGUUCGAUGCCAUGGUUCUUUACGCGACGGGGCUCAACGAUGUCCGAGAUGCGGUCCCGUUUCCUCGGAGUUUCGGAAAAAUUAAUGACUAACGUACGGAAUAUAUGGAUGUGAAGUUCGACACGAAUAAGGUUCGUGAAGAAUAAGGAAUGUGUCGAAAAUUUGUAUACAUACUUUCAAAAGGUGAAAAUUGUGUGUAUAUAUAUAUAUAUGUAUGUGCAUAUAUGCUCAUACACAUUGAUACUAUAAAUACAAUACAAAGAUAUUUUAUCUUUA